GACUGGUAUGUGGGUGGUGUAGUGUUUGCGGGUGUGGCUAGCAGGCGAUGGUCAUCUAGCGUCCCAGAAUGAAAAGUGCUGUUGGUGGUAGAUGUUUUUUUUUUUGUGUGUGAGCGCUGUUCCGCUAGCGAAGGUGGAGAUAUUUUGUUACCUGGCUGGAGUUUGUAGGAGUAGCGACUGUGCGUCAGGGAAGCCGCCCAGAAUCCACCUUUUGGGAGUUAGGAGGGCUCCAAUUAUGCAUACCCGUGGAUCUCCGAUUUUAUGCCUCCGUAUGCAUGCGCAGGCCCAUUCCGAGACACCACGGCCGAAGAUGGUACAUGUGUGGCGACGGAGCCAACGAGAUUUUGUGUAGGAUCCGACGGUGCUUUAGUCUGUGAAUGCAUCUGAACGGCUGCGGAGGGGACGGACUAUUGUUGGAGGUGCUGAAAAUGGAGCCACGACGGAAGUCCGGGGUUAAGCAGUGAAUUGUGCUGUUCCUAACACCGCUGCGAUCUCGCCAUUUGGUGGCAC